GCACUUCUCCAAGGUUGAAAGAAACCAAUUGUAUUGGAUAUUUGUCCUCAGAUACUAACAAAUAAAUUUGAGAUAAUUAAUGUAUAAUUGCUACUAAUUUUACAGCUAAUCAAUGACGUCAUCAGUCUUGUUUUGAUUUACUGCCGCCUGUGUAUCUCCUUCCAGGGACUGACGCAAUUGAUUAGAAAUAAUCUAUCGAUGGGUCGGAUAUUUCUCAAUAAUCUAGGUGGAAAACAAAUUUUCUCCUGUGCCAGCUGUGACGCACCUUUAACAAACAAAGAUGAAUUAGUAUCCACAAGAUUUACGGGAGCAACAGGACGAGCGUUCCUUUUUAAUAGAGUGGUAAAUCUAAUCUUCAGUGAAGUUCAAGACAGAGUUAUGUUAACUGGCCGUCACAUGGUUCGUGAUGUUUCUUGUAAAAACUGUGAUACAAAACUGGGUUGGGUAUAUGAAUUUGCUACUGAUGAGAGUCAGCGUUACAAAGAAGGCAGAGUUAUUCUCGAACGCGCUCUUGUGUCAGAAUCUGAUGGUUUUGAAGAGACUCCACCCCCUCCUAAAAGGUCUCUCAAUCCGUUCCCUUAUGUUCAAUGA